CUGAACUGUUUCAGUCUUCGACUACAAUGUUGCACUUAUGACGGACUUCGAUUUGCUGAGGAGGUUGGUCGUCCCCUUGUCCACAGCGGAGAAGUUUAUAGCGGAGGAGAAGUGCUUCGUGACGGAAGACAAACGGGAUUUGAUUUGAUCUCUAAUGUGAAGAAGAUCGAUGCUGCAGAUGGAACCCGUAUUCUUGAUAAAGUUGGAGAUGUACGAGCGCAAGAGCCUAGUAACACAGUUGUCCAAGUUGGUCAGCGGGUCCGAUCUGACAGCUACGAAGUAGCUAAUGUAGCCGAACCAGCUCAAGAUGAAGAAAUCGUUCAGGUUGGAGAGCAAGUUAUUCCCGUAACCUCUGCUGGUUACUAUUAUCCAGUAGCAUCCGGAGUUCCAGCGUGCUUCACUGGGGACACCCAAGUCGAAACUCCUUCAGGAUAUAAGAGAAUGGAUGAGCUGAAAAUUGGUGAUUUGGUUAUGACAGCUGAAAGAAAC